UGGAAGUUUUUUCGUGAUUUUGUUCAGCGGUUUUUCUCUCUGAGAAAAUGCAUUAUUUUCACGUGUUCUAACGGAGAAUUUGUCUCUAUGAUGUCGCAAUACAUAAUAAAAGCGUGAGAUUAAAGGUGAUAGAAGAAUUACAGGGUAUAGGAAGAAGAAUCCAAAGACCCGCCCAUAGAAAGGCCUGAUAAAUUGACUUCCAGAGAGACAGAGUGAAAAGGAUAUUCGCCAGCUAGAUAAAUAGACGACUUUUCUCUCCCCAUUGCGCGAAAAGACGAGAAAAGAGAUUAGCUUUUGAGGCAACAGAAGAACAGCCACAAUGUCUGCGGCAGCUCGAUCGAAGGAGAAAGUCACAUCAGCGAUUCGCAAGUUCUUCAAGAGUCCUGAUAAGAAGCACGAUGCCAAUAAUGAGGCCAGCACAAAUGCUGGACCUUCAGGAAGUCCAGGGAGACGCCUCAGACGGGGAGUUUCUCCGAGUCCAGCUACGAGUGCGACACAGAUUCCCAAAGCAAUAGACAUGACAAUCCGGGCACGACGCCUCAUGAAGGAGUAUCGCGAGAUCCAGAGACAAAGCGCGAGGCCAGAGCCCGUCUUCACGGUGGAUCUCGUGAAUGACAAUCUGUUUGAGUGGCACGUGAGACUCCAUCAUGUGGAUCCGGACAGUGGCUUGGCUGAGGAUAUGGCUGAGCUCGGAGUGCCCCACAUUCUGCUGCAUCUUGUCUUCCCUGAGAACUUCCCCUUCGCGCCACCGUUCAUGCGAGUGGUGGAGCCGCGCAUCGAGAAGGGCUUCGUGAUGGAGGGCGGCGCAAUUUGUAUGGAGCUGCUCACGCCGCGCGGCUGGGCGAGCGCCUACACGGUGGAGGCCGUGCUGAUGCAGUUUGCCGCGAGCCUGGUCAAGGGACAAGGGAGGAUCUCGAGGAAAUCAAAGAGUUCCAAGGAGUUCAGCAAGAGGACGGCUGAAGAGGCGUUCAGGAGCCUCGUGAAGACGCACGAGAAGUACGGUUGGGUCACACCUGCUCUCUCUGAUGGUUAAAUCCUCCAAUCGAUGUUACUACUCAUGUAUUCUCUAUCCUAUCUGGUCAGGAAGAGGUGAAAAAUCUCAUUAUGUGAACUGAUGAAUUGAUCUCGUUGUUUGUUUUUAAGUAGAAGAUAUUUCGAAUCAGAUAAUUCCACUCAAUGCCAUAGAAUUUAGUUGAAUUUCCAUCGAGGAGCAAAGGAAACACAAAAAAACAUCCCAUUUUCCCUUCCAUACAUUCGUCCACAAUGCAAAGCCCAAAACCAUUUUCCUCAUUUAUCAUUAAUGCUCUCUUGUUUCCUCCUCUUCUGUCUUUGCUCUUCAUUUGGUUUACUCCCAAGAAUUUACGAUAUUGUAACGAGAGAAGAGAGAAAUAAAUUAGAUGAGAUAUUCGUGUAA